GCGCUGGGCGCUUCAGUAGGCUGGCACUUCUUAUGCGAGCCAAUGCGAAGCGACUAUGUUGGACCUGACCUCAAGGCCGUUGAACGAUGUUCUUCGGGAAACUUUAAUCAAGCGGAAUGGAAGACAAUAAACUGAAUAAUCGAUCAGGCGCUUACAGUUUAAACUGCAUUAAACCGAUUCGGGGCGACACAGAUUUCGAAUUCUGGGUUUUAAUUAACAGCUUCUUGGAUGCGCACCUUUCUUGCCGUCUUUUGUUCGAAGCGACCGCCAGUUGGUCUCGAAACGCUCCAAGUCAAACAUCGGAAUUGGAUUACCUUUGGAUAUUAGAAACUUCUGAAUACCAUGUACAGAUCUUUGAUCUUAAGCCCUUGGCUUUGCUUAUGUGCCAUAGUAUUGAGCUUGAAUUUGGUUAACUCUACGCUGCUUUUUACCACCAACUCCGAGUAUGGGAUAUUCAUGGCCAUAUCAGUGCCCAUUGGCUUGCCACAUCGCAAUGUGUUUUUGUCUUACAAUUAUGAGUUUAAUUACUACCAACCGGAGCACGUGUACAAAUAUCCUCCGAUUUUGAUGGGUCAGGACUUUGAGGAAGGCUAUCUGACAUAUCCGACGACAGGACGUGAUUCCAAUGGCAGGCACUGCCAAAACUGUACGGAUUGGAAAAUCGGAGCAAAUAGCACUGGCUCAAAUAAUUCUUCAACCAAUGCUGCAUCGCGAGAAAAACGUGCUUUAACUCUAAUGAGUCGCUCUGUUUUUUAUGCCAUGUUAAGGGAUAAAUUAAGGAGGUCUGGUUUUUCUGCUGAAGCCUGUUUGCUGCGCUUAAUAUGUGAUACAAAUGCCUCUCAACUGGGCGAAGUAAAUGGCUUUUUGGGCAGCCUAGUUCACAUAAUAUUUAGUCCCAGUAGCUCCAAGGAUGAGCACCUGCCCCAUGAGUAUUACCAGGCCGAAUGGGAUGGACGGGUGCAUCAGGAUUGCUCUGCCUAUACCAAAACCUGUGAUGAAAACAUCUUGGACCUGAUUUCUGUGCCAUUGGAACAGGCUCUAAGCGAUAUUGUAAGCCGACGAAGAUGAAAAUAAAGUGGACUACCUGGGGGGAACCUAAAAGUAUCUUUCUGGGGGGUUUACCCAUCCAAUUAGCGGCCUCUCGCUUGGCAAGAGCCACGCACUUGCUGUUAGU